ACGAACCAAACAUCGGGUGAAGCCAUUACAAAUGCACAACUGGAUUAUUAAUUCAGCGCUGUAGCUUUUUUUUUCUACAUUAUUUCUCUUUUGCGCGGCCAUAAUGUCUGAUGAGGAGGAGGACUAUAUGUCUGAUGCAUUUCUCAGUAAAAUACAAGAUGUGAAGCCAGGUGUCAGCAUGGUGAGGCGAGUAAAAGAAGCCUUGAAGAAGGAGACACAGCAAAAGGAGACGAACAUCAAAAACCGUCAAAAGACCUUUAAGGAGCAGGAGAAGGAAAGCAGAGAGGCAGCUUUACAAAACUCCAUUUGCAAUGCGAACAAGGGAUUUGCACUUCUGCAGAAAAUGGGUUACAAAGCUGGCCAAGGCCUCGGGAAGGCGGGAGCAGGAAGGGUUGAUCCAAUUCCUCUUAAUAUUAAAACCGACCGAGGUGGCAUUGGAAUGGAAGAGGUGAAAAAAAGAAAAGCAGAGGAGGAACUUGAACAUUAUCGUCAGAAAGUACGAGCCAGACAACAGAAUGAGAGCAAGUCUCUGGAAGAUUUUAGGUCAAGAGUAAGGACAGAGAGAGAGGAGCGAAAGAUUGAAGGAGAUCUCAGAAGGAGUAAGCAAGCCUGUGAGCAGCUUGACAGUCAGAAGGGCAUCACUGUGCCUAGGGAAGAAUGGUACUGGCCUAAAGCAGAGACAGAUGACGAUGAAGACGGUCUUGAGGAGGAGGAGGAGGAUGAGGAGGACGACAAGGAGGAGGAGGAAGAGGAGAUUGUGGAAUUAACCUCGUUUGACAAACUGCACAUUUUGACCUCCUAUUUGAGAGGAAUCCAUUUUUACUGCAUAUGGUGUGGGACAACAUAUAAUGAUGAAGAGGACUUGUGCUCCAACUGUCCCGGGGAUACAGCAGCAGACCAUGAAUGAACUUAAUACAAAUAUGUGCAGUAGUUCCCAGUGGAAAAA